AUGGCGAUCUGUACUUAUAACGCACGUACGCUUGCAUCGGAAGCGGCCAUCGAAGAUCUGAUGAUGCAAGCCGACAAGAUCAACUACGACGUCAUUGGACUAACCGAGACGAGACGACGUCACCCUCUCAACGCCGUAUAUGAAACUGGAGAAGAACUGUUCUUAGGAACAUGCGACAGUAGAGGUGUUGGUGGAGUUGGCGUCCUCGUCAACACGAGUAUGGCAAAGAACAUCGACUCUUUCGAACAACUUACGACCCGAAUCGGACGUCUGCGGAUGAGAAGAUGUGGUCCAACACCAGCUUUGACUAUCUUCGUCGCUUACGCUCCAACAUCAAGCUACGAUGAAGAAGAAGUCGAAGCUUUCUUUAUGGAUCUGGAGAAGUUCUACCGAAAAGAUCAUGCCUUCUACAAGGUCAUAAUUGGCGAUUUCAACGCCAAAGUUGGCCCAAGAAGAACACCGGAGGAACUUCACAUCGGGACCCACGGCCUACAAUGGAACGACCAGGGGAGAGAGGCUCGCCGAGUUCAUCAUGACGACUAA